ACAUGCCUUCUUAAGUUGGUGGGAGUCAUUUUCCGGAAACAGCGGCUUCUUGAGGCCCCAGAACGAAUUCACGGACUUCGGGAGGCGGAAGAGUGGCGCUUCGGGUCAGAAGGCGGAGGUCAGAGAGCAGAAUUGGCGGGAGAAUGGGUUUGUGGCCCAGGAUCUGAGGCAGCGGUGGCUCUUCGAGGUCCAUUAUCCCGGGCCUGUAUUCAACUCAAACUCUCGGCCAAAACAGAGGGGGCUAGCAAAGGCAGGCCAAAGAGAACACCAGCGACCCCAGGCCCGAAGCAGUGGUGUCCAGGAUAGCGGACAGUGCCCCAUUUGUGCAGGCUCCUUCAGCAUUGUGAUGCUUCCCCAGCAUGCUGCCACUUGUGGAGAGACCUCCCCACCUCCCCAGGCCUCUCCCUCCUCGUCACCAUCUUCAUCACCGUCUGUACUAUGGGUGUCCUCCCCUGAGAGCUCACCACCCUGGUGGUCUAGUGCCCUAUCUGCCGGUUGCCGUUCUCAGCAGGAGAAAUAGAAGAACAUGCCAGCAUGUGUGGGGAGGUCCUUCAGGCGUGAGCCAUGAAGUCCUGUGGUUUUGGCCCCUGCUGCCCUCUGUGACUGAAACUGGACAGUGGACCUCUUGACAGCUGAGAGGGGCUGAUGAGGCCAAGCCGCCCUCUCUCCUCCCCUCCACUCAUUCCCUUAGGACUCUGCCUGAGGUCACCUCUGGGCUCCCCACUCCCAGUUGUCAAGGCUUCUGUCACCAUGGCACCCUACUCUCCGAAGGACAGCUCCGUCUUUCUCUUCUUUGGAACUUCUGGGGUAGAAUUGGUGAUCUCUCGAGGGCUUUGGGACACAGUCCAGAACGUCUUCCCCUCAGUGAGUGGUGUGUAUCCUCGUGCCCAUUUUCCUGAGAGGGAAACAGGCCCAGUGAAAAGAAAAGCACUGCCCGACAGAUAAGAUCCUGUGGUGUCCUGGGAAGGUGAGAGUGAUUUUUGAGCAUGAGACUGACCUCCAGCGUCCCCUGAGCUGAACUCUCAGAAUCAUCUGGGGCUUCCCUCCCUAGGAUAAUCAGGUAACAGUGUUGCUGUGUGACUUUAAGGCAAGUUAUUUAUCUUGGGCCCAGAGUCAACCCUCAGUAACAGAGAAAAAAUCCCAUCCUCCUGUUCAGAGUUUUAUGGGGAUCAGAUGGGCUAAUGACUAAGGAAUGGGUCUCAGCUUGGCUGUGGAACCUUGGGCAAAUCCCAGUCUCCAUCAGUACAAUGGGCAGUUGGACCGGGGGUCACUAAGCUCCCUUCCACCUAUGUUUUUCUAAAUGGUAUUCCCACCUUCUUUGAGCAACCAUGUCCUCUCCCUUUUCCCAGAUUUCAUUGUGUGGCACUUAACACCAGUUCCCAUGGUCUCCAGGGUACAGGGCAGAGGGGGAGCAGCUGGUCCUGGCAGAGGGAGGGCACCAGGCGGGGUUUUGAAGGGGUAGGAAAGAGUAAGUUGGGCACAGUCAGGGGAGCAGACAGAGGAGCAGGAGAUCCAUCCUUCCAUCCCUGCCAGUGUAGGUGGGCACAGCCAUGGACCGCCUCAUGCCUCAGCCUAAACGGACCGAGAUCGUGAACAGAAAGCUGAAGUUCCCACCUCCGCUGCUGGGUGCCAUGGACCUGGUGUAGCAGCUGCUGGAGUUGCAGGUUGAGGCCACAAACGGCGGGCCAGGCGGGCCCCUGCAGAAUGUGGAGGAGGCUGAGGACUGCUCCUGGAGGGAGGCCCUCAAUCUGGCCAUCCGCCUGGGCCAUGAGGCAAUCACUGAUGUGCUGUUGGCCAGUGUCAAGUUCGACUUCCGGCAGAUCCACAAGGCCCUGCUGGUGGCUGUGGACACAAACCAGCCGGCAGUGGUGCGUCGCCUCCUGGCCUGGCUGGAAUGGGAGAAGGGCCACAAGGUGGACAGAAGGUCUUUCUCACUGGCCUUCUUUGACUCAUCAGUCGAUGGCCCCCGCUUUGCCCCUGGUGUCACACCCCUCGCCCUGGCCUGCCAGAAGGACCUGUAUGAGAUCGCCCAGCUGCUCAUGGACCAGGGCCACAGCAUCGCCCGGCCCCACCCCGUCUCCUGAGCCUGCCUCGAGUGCAGCAACACAUGCUGCUACGAUCUGCUCCAGUUCUCCCUGUCCCGCAUCAACACCUGCCGUGGCAUUGCCAGCUGCGCCCACCUCUCACUGGCCAGCGAGGACGCCAUGCUGGCUGCCUUCCAGCUCAGCUGCGAGCUCAGGCGCCUUGCCCACAAGGAGCCUGAGUUUAAGCCCGAGUACAUUGCCCUGGAGUCGCUGAGCCAGGACUACGGCUUUGAACUGCUGGGCAUGUGCCGGAACCAGAGCGAGGUCACUGCGGUGCUCGAUGACCUGGGAGAGGACAGCAAGACUGAGCCCAAGGCCGAGGGUCCGGACCAGGCCUUUGAGGAAAGCAUCCCCAACCUGGCGUGGCUGCGACUGGCCAUCACCUACAACCAGAAGUGGUUUGUAGCACCCCCCAUCUGCCAGCAGGUCCUGUCCUCCAUCUGGCGUGGGAACCUGGCUGGCUGGCAUGGGAGCACCACUAUCUGGAAGCUCUUUGUCUCCUUCCUCAUCUUCCUCACCACGCCCUUCCUCUGCCUUGGCCACUGGCUGGCACCGAAGUCCCGGCUGGGCCGCCUGACGAAGAUCCCCGUGCUGAAGUUCCUGCUGCACUCUGCCUCCUAUCUGUGGUUCCGCAUCUUCCUGCUGGGAGAGUCCCUGGUCAUGGAGACGCAGCUGAGUACCUUCCGAGGCCGCAGCCAGAGUAUCUGGGAGACUUCACUACACAUGGUUUGGGUUGCAGGCUUCCUGUGGUUUGAGUGUAAGGAAGUGUGGAUCGAGGGCCUGUGCAGUUACCUCUUGGACUGGUGGAACAUCCUGGACAUGGCCGUCUUGUCCCUGUACCUGGCGGCCUUUGCGCUCCUGGCCGGGCUGGCCCACAGGCACUGCCGGGAUGCCCCGGACGGGGCUGCCUGCCGCUACUUCACCUCGGCUGAGCGGAGUGAGCGGCGCACGGAGGACCACCAGUUCCUGGCUGAGGUGCUCUGCUUCACCCGCCUGGCCUACAUCCUGCCAGCCCACGAGUCGCUGGGCACCCUGCAGAUUUCCGAUGGCAGGAUGCUCGACGACAUGAUCCGGUUCAUGUUCAUCCUCACGAUUAUCCUGACCGCCUUCCUCUGCGGCCUCAACAAUGUCUACGUGCCUUAGCAGGAGACAGAGCGGCUGGGGAAUUUCAACGAGACCUUCCAGUUUCUGUGCUGGACCAUGUUUGGCAUGGAGGAGCACAGUGUGGUUGACAUGCCCCAGUUUCUGUUACCAGAAUUUGUGGGCCGGGCCCUCUAUGGUAUCUUUACCAUCGUCAUAGACGUGCUGCUCAACAUGCUCAUUGCCAUGAUCACCAACUCCUUCCAGAAGAUUGAGAUGCGUGAACUGAGGGACGCUGCUGACAUGGAGUGGAAGUUUGCUUGCUCCAAGCUCUACCUGUUCUACUUCCGAGAGGGCCUGACGCUGCCCCUGCCUUUCAACAUCCUGCCCUCCCCCAAGGCUACCUUCUACCUUCUCAGGAGCAUUUUCCUCUACAUUUGCUGUUGCUGCUCCUGCUGCAAAACCAAGAAGCCAGACUCUCCCCCAGUCCCCACCUUUGCCAAUCCUGGGGCAGGGGCAGGGCCUGGGGAGGAAGAGCGUGGAUCCUACUGGCUUCAUGUCAUCAAGGCUCUGGUACAGCGCUACAUAGAGACUGCGUGGCGGGAGUUUGAGGAGACCCGUCGGAAAGACCUGGGCAACAGACUGACGGAGCUGACCAAGACAGUAUCUCGACUGCAAAGUGAGGUAGCUGGUGUGCAGCGAACUCUGGUGGAGGGAAGGCUGCGCCGGCCACCGGACGGUGCCAGCAUCCUCCAUCGCUCCAUCACCCGAGUGUGCAACAGCUUCCAUAACUUGGGCCCUCCCAUCCCUGAGACCCCAGAGCUGACAGUGCCAGGGAUUGUGGGGACCCAGGUAUCUUCAGAAACUGGGUUUCAGGACACAGGCAGGGCCAGGACUCCAGCAUCUGGAGAGUCUGGCCCCUCCUCCCCAGCUCACGUGCUAGGGCACAGGAAGCCAGAAUCAAAGGGGGCUGGGGACGUGCCCCAGGAGGAAGACCUGGGGACCAAGGAGGGGUCCUGAUGCAGUGGGAAGGUCCCAUCUUCUGUUGCUGAGUAGAACAGCCUAGAUGGGUGAGGGUGGGGCUCAGUAGGAGCCUGUGCUGCUUUCCUUGCUUCAGUAAAGCCUCUGUUCUGGAUGUCAGAUGCCUCCAGAGUGUGUGAGAAUCUCUGUCUCUUGAUGUUUUGAGAUCCCCAAGCCCAAAAUGAACCCUUGUGGGAGCAGGGCAGAGAGAAAUGGCUUGCUCUGGGGUCCCAGAUAUCUGGGGCUUAGGAUCCUACUUUGAGUUCCUUCAGAUGUUUGGUGGAAAGGGUUCUGGACUAGGAGGUAAGAGUCCUGGUUUCAGCACGACCUCACUGACCUUCAGCAAGUUGCUUCCUUCCUUGGCUCUGCAUUCCUCAUCUGACAAAUGGCCUAGGAAGCCAUCUGUCCCCCUUCCUGCUCAGGGCUGUUGUGAGGAACCUCUGUCUAUUAAAGUGUCUGGGUUUGCAGGUUACAGUGUGUGACAAGGGUCUGCACUGAGACCAUGUCUAAAAGUGAUCAAAAAG